AUGGGGAACACGCACAGCAGGGGCAGCAUGUCAGACAGUAUCAAGGAUGUUUCAAUGGUAGACGUGAGCUCCGCAGAUGAACAGGACAAAAAAGUGUCUCAAAGAGCCAUUGUUCAGAGCUUUUCGAAAUUGGAUAUCGGAGACCACAGUGGCUCGCAGGCGCCAUUGUUGCGUCGGAGAUCGACGUUGAUUUUCGACGACGAAGACGAAACUCCCAGACACGAGGAAAACGUCGGGCACCAAUCUGACUUGGACGGGCCAGAAGAGCCGUUUUCAGAAUCUUCGUCCUCCGCUUCGGUGUAUGACCGUCAAAAACAGCAACAACAACAGCCCCAGCAGGAACAACAACUUGAUAACAACAUGCUCGUACAAGAACAGCAGCAGCAGCAACAAGUACAAAGACAACGACAAGACUACCAAAAUCAACAGCAACAACAACAGCAACAGCAACAACAACAGCAACAACAACAGCAACAACAACAGCAACAACAACAGCAGGAAUCCGGCUCAAGAAGCGAAGGGGAGUCGUCUUCAGUAGAGACCUCCAAAAUUAUGGUACCCGUAGAAAUAACCUGGCAGCAAGGGGGCUCCAAAGUCUACGUAACGGGAUCCUUCACCGGUUGGCGAAAAAUGAUAGGGCUGGGACCAGUAUCGGAGCAACCGGGUCUCUUCCACAUUAAACUACAGCUUCCCCCAGGAACCCACAGAUUCCGCUUCAUUGUUGACAAUGAGCUGCGAUUCAGCGACUACAUGCCCACAGCGACCGACCAAAUGGGCAAUUUCGUGAACUAUCUCGAGAUUGUGACACCUUACGAGUCCCACGACGAACUGCAGCCCCAGCAACAGCAUCACGAGGAUCGACGCGAUGGUGGUGAAACUCGACAUUCGCCCGUGCAGCUAACACAACAACAGCAACAACAACAACAACAACAACAACAACAACAACAACAACAACAACAACAACAACAACAACAACAACAACAACAACAACAACAACAACAACAACAACAACAACAACGACAAGUCACACCACAACUGCAGCCCUUGGAGACACUGGACCAAAAACAAGCCCGCGAGCAAGUGGCUCCGGAGCCCCUCAGUGCUCGCUCAAAGCUGGCACUGCAGAUCGAGGGAGAACCAGACGACAUGGGCGAUGGGUACAGCAGGUUUCACGGCGCUAACGAGGCAAUGCCCCUUUACAACUACAUCACGGAUAUUCCUGCCGUUUUCACGGACUCGUCCGUGAUGGAACAAUACUAUCUCACGCUCGACCAACAACAGAGCAAUCAACAGAGCAUGGCAUGGUUGACACCGCCACAGCUUCCUCCUCACCUCGAAAAUGUGAUUCUCAACAACUACUCCAGCUCUUCGGAACAAGGCGAUACCGGCAGCGAAAACAACUCGGGCGCUUUGCCCAUUCCCAACCAUGUGGUUUUAAACCAUCUGGCUACUAGCAGCAUUAAACAUAACACCCUGUGUGUCGCCAGUAUUGUUAGAUACAAACGCAAAUACGCGACUCAGAUGCUGUACUCCCCCUUACAGUAG